GUUUGUAGCCACCGCUACGGCCUCACGCCACGGGGCACAUAGCGGCCCCAGCCCAGUGGGCGUGACUAUGGAAAGCUGGCGCGUUGAUUCAUAGGGAAUCGCGCGCGAGGCCCAGCCCCCCGUCGGCGAUCGCAGGGCUGAACUCUGCGUGCGGGAAGGGCGGGAGGUGUGCAGCUCGGUAUGCAGCUUAGCUACGGCGGCGGUUGCAUGGAUCUCCCGGAGGAGGAGGAGGAAGCGGAUUGGCUUUGCCCGGAGCCUGGCGGUCGUGGGAGCCACACGGCGCCCGGGAGAGUCUCCUCCACCACUCUCGGAGCACAAUCAGGUCAUAACAAGACUCUGCCAUCAGGAAGUACAGCGCACAGGGUAAUUGUGCAUACUGACCUGGACUGCUUUUAUGCACAAGUAGAAAUGAUCCAUAAUCCUGAAUUAAGAGACAAACCUUUAGGUGUUCAGCAGAAAUACUUGGUUGUUACCUGUAACUAUGAAGCCAGGAGACUUGGAAUUCAGAAACUUAUGUCUGUCAGAGAUGCUAAAGAAAAAUGCCGAGAGCUAGUGCUAGUUAAUGGAGAGGACCUGACACAGUACAGAGAAAUGUCAUACAAGGUUACAGAGCUAUUGGAAGAAUUCAGUCCACUGGUAGAAAGACUUGGAUUUGAUGAAAAUUUUGUGGAUAUCACAGAGUUGGUAGAGAAGAGACUAGCACAGCUGCAAAGAGAUGGCUGUUCCAGAGUGUCUGUGUCUGGUCAUGUGUAUAAUAAUCAAACUGUCAAUUUACAUGAUGUUAUGCAUAUAAGACUUAUCAUUGGAUCUCAGAUUGCAGCAGAGAUGAGGGAAGCCAUGUACAAUAGAUUGGGUCUUACAGGCUGUGCAGGAGUGGCCUCUAACAAAUUACUAUCUAAACUAGUAUCUGGCACCUUCAAACCAAAUCAACAAACAGUUCUUCUACCUGAAAGCUGUCAGGACCUAGUAGGUAGCCUCGAUCACAUCAGUAAAGUUCCUGGGAUUGGCUAUAAAACUACCAAGCGCCUAGAGUUGCUGGGUCUCAGCAGUGUGCGUGAUCUCCAGACCUUUUCACCUGUAAUACUAGCAAAGGAACUAGGAGUUUCAAUGGCUCAGCACAUUCAGAAGCUCAGUUAUGGAGAUGAUCACUCCCCUGUGGCCUCCUCUGGACCUCCUCAGUCCCUUAGUGAUGAAGAUUCUUUUAAAAAAUGUUCAUCAGAAGUGGAAGUUAAAAAGAAAAUUGAAGAACUACUUGCUAACCUUUUAGACAGAAUAUCCAAAGAUGGAAGAAAGCCACAUACAAUAAGAUUAACCAUCCGUAAAUUUUCAUCAACUAAUAAAUGGUUUAGUCGGGAGAGUCGUCAGUGUCCUAUUCCCCCUCAUGUCAUACAGAAAUUUGGGACAGGAAACUCUGAUAUUGUGGCCCCACUGGUUGGUAUCCUUAUGAAAUUGUUUAGAAAGAUGAUAAAAUUGGAGAUGCCAUUUCAUCUUACCCUUCUGAGUGUCUGCUUCUCAAAUCUUAAAGCUCUGCCUACCCUCACCAAGGGAUCCAUAGGAUUUUAUUUAACGCAGUCAUCACCCCCUUCAAGUUCUGGCAAAAAAAUGGAUGAUGUUCCACAAGUCCAGGUGAACUCCUGCAGUUUUGUACCAGAUGGAAGAAUUAGAAAUACAGGAACUAGAGAAUCUUCACUAGAAACCAAAAGCUGCGCAGAAGAACCUGGAAUUCCUGUUUGCCCAAUUCAUUUGUUUCCUGCUGGCAUUGACCAGGAGGUCUUCAGUCAGCUUCCGGAAGACAUUAAAGAGGAAAUUAUUUCUGACACAUCUGGGCAAAGGAUCCAUACAAAGCAUGUUUUGAGUCAGCCAUUACCUUUUUCUAAAGGAGCACUACCAUUUUUUGCACAAGAAGAAAUGCACACUACCCCAGAUUCCAGAAGAGCAGAUCAUAGUAUCAGCAGUCUAAUAUGCAGUGAACAUUUUCAAUCUACCAGUGAGCUGGAGACAGCCAUGAUACACAGGCCUAAUCCUAAUUGUAGUCUCAGUCUACAGGAUCCUCAUGAGUACCCUGAAAGUGCACUAAUAGAUAACUGUAUGGAACAAGUACCUAAGGAAUCACUGAAUUUCAAUAGCACUGAUUCAAUUGUAUUGAACCUGCAAAGUCAACAUUUUCUUCAGCCUCACAGUUCAGACAGACAAGAGCAGCCCAUUGGAGCAGCCUUUCAGGAUAAAGGUCCGAGAGAGCAAGCAUCAGGAGAAGGAAGAAUUGUAUUUCCUCCUACUGUUGACCCAGAUAUUUUUUCUGAACUACCUGCUGAAAUGCAAAAGGAACUACUGGCUGAAUGGAAGAAUCUAAAACCUGUUUCCAAAAUGCAUCAGAAUAAACCUUCUGAAAAGCUAAAAACAAACAAAGGAAAAAAGAAUGUGGUAUUGUGUUCAUCACAGUCUAACAGUUUAUUAAGAUAUUUUAAACCAAAAUGAUAUAUAUAUAUAUAUAUAUAUAUAUAUAUAUAUAUA